AUGUAAGCAUAAAAAAAAAAUUCGUUUAGAUGUUUUGCCAUCUUUCAGAUAGGAAUGAAUGACCAGAAGGGAGACUUCUUAACUGUGCAUAAAAGAGGAUGUUUGAAAACGUUCAAUAGCGAAAGGGAUGAAUUAAUUCAAGCUGUAGAUUCGCAUUAUGAUGGUCAAGUAAAAUUUUAAAAUGGUUAAAACAAAGAAUAUUUUGAAUUCCGUAAUUGGAUUGGAAUAAAAAAGUAGUCUAACGAUAAUACAUACUAUUACCUUCUAUUAUGCCAUAAGAAUGUCAGGAAAAAUGAUGCUUUUAAAUAACUUCAAACACUCUAAACAUGGAAUAAUGAAAUAUAUAAAAAUAUAGAUCCUUCAAAAUUAGAGGACGAUAUUAAUAAGUUAGAACAAAAAUAUGGAGAACCAGAUGGAUAUUUAACAGAAGAAGGUGAGGAUGAAAAAUAGAGAAAUUUAUAUUAAUAACAACAAUAAGAAAAGUAUUUACAAUAAUAAUAAUAACAAUAAAAAUAACAAUAACAAUUGCAAUAAUAACAAUAAUAAUAAUAAUAAUAAUAGUAGUAAUAAAAAUAAUAAUAAUAAUAAUAAUAGCAAUAACAAUAACAAUAAAGAUAAUCACAAUAAUAAUAAUUUCAAACUCCUUAAAAAAACUCUUAACAGAGAUAAGGUUCAGCAUAAAAAUCUAAAUCUCCAAUUAAUAAAGCAUAAAACUUUAAUUACGAACAAAUCAAUAGUAUUAUUAAUAAAUCUGGAGCUUUUAGAUUUGACAUUAAACCAAAUGGUAUAACUUAGGUAGAUAUUAAGUUUGGAAAAAAUGCUUUGAAUGUUAAUCAUUAAGUAGAAUAACCUAUUCAAAAGGUUAAUCCAUAACAAAAAACAAGAGAAAAAUAGCAAUUUAUGAAUACGGAAGCACUUAAAUAAAUGGAGGAAUCUAAUAAACUAAAGUAAGCUGAUGCAUUAAUCAGAAAUUCAAUAGUAGGUACCCUGGCAAGUGGUACAUUAGCAUUGAUUUUAUGA